CCGGCGGCGAAGGGGGCUCUGGCGGCUGCUGGCGACGGUCCUGGCUCUGCAGCGCCGGGGUAGGGGAGACAGCGGAAGGCUGGCCCUGCGGGGAAGGGCCAGGAACAAGACGAGGGGAAAGCGGCGGGCACGCCUGUCUCUCCGCCCGCCCGCUCGCCCGCUUUGGGGGAGCGGCUCCAGCGACUGCGGGAGGGGACAAGAGAACCGCCGUCGCCGCCUCUUUCUCCAAAGAAGAGGAAACAGGGGAGGCUUGGGAGCAAGAGUGGGUGGCCUGAUACCUGCUGCUGAGAUACGUGGAGAGGUUGACUGGAAAAAGGGGUCUCAAGGAAAGCACGUGAAGAAUAUCUCCUGUGUAAAAAGCGCCCCAGUGUUCCAUCUCAUGUGACCCCUAAACACUGAUGCUGAAGUACUUGCUCAAACCAUAGAAGCUUGUGUGGACUUCAGCAAACUCGGUUCUCAAUAAGUGAAGCGGGUUCAUAUCUCUGUAACGUAAACUGCAUUCGCAUCAGGAAAAAGAAGCCCUUUGUAUUACAUGGUCACAAGUCUCAUCUUGAUGUGGGCAGCUUUUCUGUGUGAACCAUAUAAAUACAUUUUGGAAUGACUGGAAUCUAGUGAAGCACAAAAAUGUAUGGGAAUAUCACAUGUUAGAAUCUCAGCUUCCCCGCCCCUCCCCAUUGUGUUAUCUCCAGUUCUGUGAACUGCAGAUGUAGUCAUGGCAUUGUGCAAACUUUUACUAUACCAUAUAGAAAGUAUUACUGAGCCUUGGUGUCAGACGUAGCUUUACUUUUGAAUUGGAUGGACUUUGAUAUGUUAUGUGCUAUCAAGCCUUUGGAGGGAAAGGUGGCCCUUGUCUUUGAGUGAUGCUACUGACGUCUUAUGUGUGGGGAUGAAGAGUUCAUGGAGAGCAUUGUCCUGUGACAGAGUUCCAUGCAGCACGUGCAUUGGCUUGGAUUUAAGGAUCUCACUUAAAAUGAAGCUUUAAAAUUCCUUGCAGUUUCUGACUUGUCCCAAAGAAGAAAGUCCGUACGAUGGCUCAGACCAGUUUGCUGCAGGGAAAACAGUUUUAUUGUCGAGAGUGGGUUUUUCACAAGCUCCAGCAUUGCCUCCAGGAGAAGACAAACUGCAGCAAUAGCGCUGCCAGCAAACCAUCCGUUGUGCUCAAUUCUGGUACCAAUGCUUGUGUUGUCCCUGGAAAGGGUGCCGCCUGGGGCGUGUUGUUGGUAGGAGGGCCUGGAAGUGGAAAGACAGCCCUCUGGACUGAGUUACUGUGGCCAAGCUCACCUGCCAGUCUACAAAGAGGUUUACAUCAUCAUGCCCUGGCCUUCCACUUCUGCCGGGCUCAGGAUUCGGACACACUCUGCGUUGGAGGGUUUAUCCGAGGGUUAGUGGCCCAGAUCGAGCGCAGCGGGCUGAUUCCCGGUUAUGAUGACAAACUGAGAGACCCUGCUGUUCAAAGCCUCAUGCAGCCUGGAGAAUGUGAGAGGAACCCUGCUGAAGCAUUUAAAAGGUUCCUCCUUGAGAUCAACUUCUAUAAGGCUUUUUCUGAACCUUGACUACCUGAGUCCUCAGUGGCAGAGACCAUGCUACUUCUGUGUUUGUACAUAACCUAGCACAGCGAUGCCAAAUAAAUAGUA